GUUGUACAACAGACCACAAUAAAUUGAAAUUGUUAAUAAAAGAAACUGAAAUAAAAACAUCAAGAAAAUAUAUAAAAUUAAUUAAAACUAUGUUACAACCUUCCAAACAACAAGUUUUACGAUUGUACAAACAUUUAAUACGUUACGGCAAUCAAUUGCAAUUGACGGAUAAAUCCUAUUACUUGGGAAGAGUAAGAAGAGAGUUUAGAGAAAAUAGCCAAGAAACGGAACAACACAAAAUUGAAUUUAACUUUAAGAGAGGUGAAACUUUAUUGCGUAAAGGCCGCAUAUUGUAAAUUAAAAACAAUUAUGAUUUCUUUGCUAACAAGAACUGUAGCUCAACAACUUAGAUUAACAUCAACUAUUUUCAAACCUUCAGCAAUUUG